AAGUGAUGUGUUAAUUAAAGGUGACAAUUUUUGAAGGUGAUUGUUUCCAGCGAAGACGCAAAAUUUUGAUGAAGGUGAGGUAAAGACAUAAGGGAAAGAUUACAACUGAGGGGAAGGGGAAGAAAGAUGCAAGACGAGGAUGAGUAUACCAGGUAGGUCUCAAAUGAAGAUGAAGGUGAGUGCCACAGGUGAAGAUGAAGGCCGCAGAUAAAGAUGAGGGCCACAGGUGAAGGUGAGACUCGGGUGAAGAUGAAUCUGAAGAGGAAUUGAGUGUCAUAGGCGAAGGUGAGCGUUGCAGGUGAAGAUGAGUCUCAGGUGAAAGUGAUAAUGAUCCAAGGUGAAGGUGCGACUCAGGAGAGGAUCGAAGAAGUCAGACAUAAAGACGUGACUUCGAGAUGUGAGUCAGGAGGCAUCAGCGGAGAAGAAGAGUCAGGAGUGCCACGUCAAAGGAUGAGUUGACGGUGUGAGGAGUGAGGUAAGUGCCCCCCGCCCCCCGCCCCACACGUAUCAAAAUUCCACACAUCUGCGGGGGUCUAUCGCCUCCGCCGUUUUACUGCACUCAUGUCCUCGACGCUGUCUCGGCCUGAUACAGAAAACGAGUUAUUGCCGUCGUAGAGAAUGGUUCUGGCGUGCGGAUUACAGCAUUUUAGGGGUGGCUACAGUAUUUUUUCUGGCACCAAACUGUGAUUAUUUACGUAUUAUGAAAGUACGUAGAACACAAGGGUGGUAAGACAGAUAUCGCAGAACCUAAGGAAAGAUAAUGAAGCUAUUUAGCUACAGCCAAAGAAGCGAGAGAGGGGGGUGGUAACGUUUACAAUGUUUUGGUGGUGGCGGGCAGGCGAGUAUCGACCAGAGCGAGCUAGUGUGGGACAGCAGCAGCAGCAGCGGCAGCAGCAGCAGUCGCCAGCCAGCGAGUUAGUGUGUGGUGGCUUCCUCGCGCGGCGCCCGGCACUCCUCACCGUCCACCACGCUGUCUACCACUCGUCCAGCUUCUUCUUCUUCCCCCUCUUCUUCUCUCUCUUCUCCUCUUUCUUUCCUUUAUUCUCUUCCAUCAACGAUUCUUCCACUGUCAAAAUCAUACCAGCUAGUGCCAGAACACUGCUCAGGAGCCUCGGCCGCGCCUACUGCAGGCUGCUCUUCCGGCAAUAACCAGCGACAGUCCCCCUCUGAGUGCUCCAACGAAUCGCCGUCGUCGUCAGGAGAGCCAGAGUCCUUCGCUGCCUCUGCCCACUCGCGGAGGCCUUGGCCUACGGAUCCUACCACGGACAAACGUCCCCGGAGUGCCUCAGUGCCGCAGUCGCCCUCAGCUAUCCCUUCCUGGGGUGUCGGAGAGUCCGAAGACGCCCUGGAGUACUUCCCGCGUAGUGUGUCGCUCCCGGAAUCUUCACUUGAGGACCACGUGUGGGAGGAGAGCGGUGCCAGCCACUCCUCGUGGAGUAGGCUGCUGCUGGCCAGGUCGCCCUCCUCCCUCGCCUCUCUCUCCGGCUCGCCUUCUUACGUGUCGCUGGACUCCAGUCCCCCCACAUCGCCGCCGUCCUCCCCUACAGGCCCUCAAGGUUUCAGUAUGCCUCGGCCGUUAGCACAGAGCGCCCUCAUGCGCCCCCUGGUGGCCCUGGCACUGCCUGGGAUGUAUCUCGUCUACAAGUAUAACCAGUACAAGCGACAACAACAGGAGGCCAAUCGACGUAAGGCAGCAGAGAGGGAGCUCGUACAACUGCAUCACAAAAUCGAUAAACUUCUCAAUAAACUGGAUCAGCACGAACCCGAGUUGGCCAUGACACAGGAAGAGGAGUGUGUCAUCUGUGUGAACGCCAAGGCCACGAUGCAGACCUUCCCGUGCGGCCACCGCGUCGUGUGCAGGAAGUGCUUCGUUAAGACCAUCCAGGUGGCGGUGAGUCAGCGCCUGCUACCGCUGCGGUGCGUGGUGUGUCGCGCCAAGAUCCUGCGGCUGCGGCAGGCGAGGGACGCGCCCUUCCCCACCUCGGUGUCGCAGUACUCCAUGUCCGCCGUGGCCGCCUCCAGCAGGGUGAUGCCCACCUCAUCCUCCCUCUACUCCUUCACCUCAGGAUCCUCCGGCGUAUCAGGCCUGUCGAGUGUCAGCAGUGCCAGCUCCAGCAGCGGAGGCAGCUACCGCGGGGGCACCAAGCUGACGCGGCCCGUGGCCCUCUACUCCAGCAAGCGACUUCCGCCGGGCAAGAAGGUGCGGUACACGGUAUCGAGCCGGAGUGGCGCCCGCAGCAAGGAGCCACUGAAGGGGGGACUGCCGCAAAUUAGGAUCGACGAGUACCACGAGCCCCCGUGCCGCCCUCCCCCGGUGUCCAGGCCCCCCAGGGUGCACAUCAGGGAGAACAAGGUGGCUCCGCAGGAGGUGCUGGUGGGGAGGCUGCCGACCAUCAAGGAAUACACCGAGUUCAUCACGGAGAAGGAGAUCGAGAAGGAGAAAUCAUCAUCAACUAGAAUAAGGUGCGCCCAGAAGCUGGUCAGCCAAAUCGAGCACCAGCAAGGCGCCCCCGCCCGGGCCCGAAGUCCGCGGCCCAACGCGGCCCCUGCCAAGCCAUCCUCGGCAGCGUCCGGUGCCGGCAGGGGAAGCAAAGCAUCAGGAGGCGGUCUGCAGCCCCGGCAGGCGUCCAGGUCCCCGUCUGCCUCGCCUUCGGGAGCCUCGAGCACCAGGAGCACGCCGGACAAGAAGGGUCGUCGGGGGUCAGUUAGUUCCUCUGCCUCGCUAAGGAGCAACGCAUCCCUGGCCAGCGGCGCUUCCGUUAAAAGCAGUGCCUCCACCCUCAGCAACGCCUCCUACAAGAGUGCCUCCUCAACCAAGAGCGUUGCUUCGGUCAAGAGCGCUGCCUCCGCUAAAAGCGUUGCCUCCGUCAAGAGUGCGGCGUCGGCCAAGAGUGGGGCGUCAGUGAAAAGUACAGCGUCGGGACGCAGCAGCACGUCCACCAAGAGCACGUGUUCCGCCAAGAGCACCGCCACGGUCAAGGCUGCCAAGGGCGGCGCUGCCCUCAAGAAGGAGCCAGAGAGCAAGGGCGUCAGGAGAAAAGAUGCCUCCAAUGACAAGAAGCAGGAGGCCAAAGAGAAGCGGCCAAAGCAGAGCAAGGGCGAGAGCAAGAUCAAGGCGCUAAGGAAAAGGUUCGAGGGCAAGGAGUACAUGCGUCUCCAGUAGCCCUCGCCCGCCCAGCGCCGCCCAACUUCACCUCGCCCGUCUCGACCGAACCCGACACGCCCCGCCCCACUCCGCCCUGCCACCAUCCUCGUCCCGCCGUCUUCCUGCGCCGCCGCCCGGAGGACCGUACAUAUCUACGGUGUGUGUGUGUGUGUGUGUGUGUGUGUGUGUGUAAGAAUGAAUAGGUAAGAAAGUAGGAGACCGAUGACCGCCGGAGCCGACGCCCGCCACGGCUCUAUCUCCCCCUCGGAAGAACAUUUCAAGACUGCAACAGAAACUCGUAGUGAUCAUCGCAAUAAAACAAACAGAAUCGUUUUUUAGCGUUUAUAGCGAAAGCAAUUCCUCUGACUGUAUGUGUGUGUGGCGUGUGUGUGUGUGUGUGUGUGUGUGUGUGUGUCGCCCCGCCCCUGCAGGGCUGGAGGGGGCGGGGCGCCGGUGCAGUGUAACACGCCCACACAGCGGGCAGGGGAACGCUCCCUCCAAAAUCCUUUAGAUUUAUUUAUCAUGGACUAUUGUCAAGAUCGGUGGCUGCACAUUCACGCCCACCCCCCCCUCCCGCCCCACGCCCGCGGCCAGGGCGCCUCCACGAGGGGGCAGCGCUCCCCGCGGGCCCACGCCCCUCAUCAGAUACAAAGUUACACUCCUUCCAUUAGCCUUAAGAUCGAGAGUUUCUGUGUUAGGACUUCCAAAUGUUUUCUUCGUUACUCUAAUCAAAACUUUGGCUUCAUCCGCUGCUGGCCGCGGCGCCGCCACGGCCGCCGCGCUGAAGCACAUAAUAAUUACUACGACGUAACGUAGAAGUAGCGACUAGCAGCCACUCCGCCGGCCGCUGCCUGCUAGCCUCCUCGGUGCGGGGAGGGAAGGCAAGCGUCGCGCCCUGUGUCUCUGCAGGAUGCGGCGCUACCCCUCCCUCCCCGUGGCGCCUGGCAGCAGCAGCAGCGGGCCGCUGGACGCUAGGAACGUGUGUAGCACACAGUACGAGUAGGUCCUCGCCGGAGCGGGUCGAGGGCUCCUUAGCUCAAUAGUUCUCUAAGUCUGAUUCAUUAAAUAUACUCCAUAGUCCCGAUCCUCUGACCAUUUUUACCUUGACAUUGCAUUGAACACGCUUGUUGUGUUGCUCCUCUCCCUCACGUCUUCCCGCGCCUGUAAUCUCUCUCAUCCAUAUUUAUAUUAAUAAAAGUUACCAAAGAU